AUGGCUUUGGGUUGCAAGGCUCGCGGGUUUUGUCAAGUCUGGGUGGCUGAUCUGCCCCGGUUGCCAAGUCAUGACGCAAAGACCUCCAACAACUCCAACGAGGGAUCGAACAGGAGCAGGGGGGAUCUUGAGCGGCAUCCCUGUCGGAAAAGGAAGCAUGUCCUUUUAACGCUGAUACUAACGCUGCUGCAAGUAUGUCGCGAGUAUAUUCGAUCGAUGGGCAGCUCCGUUUGCUCAACCGUCCAGCAAGCAAUACCUGCAAGGUAUCAGCAGCCAUCUGACGAAUACGAAGUCUACUGCGGGGGCCUUCCAUGGUUCCUCAGUGAUACGAAGGCACGCGCAUGA